UGGGUUCUGGUUCAAAGCAACAAUCCGGGAUUUGUUUUUCAGCAAAAUGGCCCCCACCACAAGUUCUGUUAUACCAGGCCCAGUUUUGACAGAUUCUAAUGGUGUACUGUAGGUGAUAACACACUGUUGGAAAAUUGCGUAAGAGGUCUUAACGUUUCCUGUCUUGUGGGGCGCUAAUAAUCUCUUAUCAACAGAACUGCCAGGCAUUCCCAACCCUUUGGACUCAUAACGGACAAAAAAAAACAGAGAUUUGUUGCUUUCCAUCGAGCCGUAAUGACCCUUAUAGAAACUAAGGACCGAGUCCCAAAUUACACCCUAUUCCCUAUGGCUCCUGGUCAUAAGUAGUGCGCUAUACAGGGUGCCGUUUGGGAUGCACGUUAGCUGUGGGGCUGGCCAUUCUCUGUCGCUGCUGGGACCUGUUCAGGAGUGUGUAACGUUAGCGAUAGGAAUGUGUUGGGACAGAUACGACUGUAUGUGUAGUACAAGGAGACGGGACACGGCUGUAGUUAUGUUUUCUAUCAACUGUCAAAUGUUCACCUCACUGAAUGCACUCUCGCAGGUGGACUUUGACCGUGGCGUUUCCAAGCAGGAAGUCAAGGAUAAUAAUUGUCCAUAUUUUUUUUUAAACCUGCCGAUUGUGUUGGAUGCUGCUCCUCGAACAUGUAUGCCACUAUUGGAAUAUAAGAGGAUUGAUCAUGGAACAGUGAAUUGAGGACACAGGCUACAUUCACAGGACCCAUUUUAAAGGAGGAAGACUGCUGUUCAACUGUCAGCUGCUGACUGAAUAGAACACUGAGGUUGGUGACGUCACGAUUCAAAAAUGUUUGGGAACAACAGCGGGCUGUUUUCCUCUCAACCAAGAGGGUUCCCUCAGGUGGAUCCUCCCUCUCAGAGGUCCAGUUUGUCCAGGCCCAAUGCCAGAUCCAUAUACAUGCAAAGGAAGGAGUAUUCUGAAACAAUCAACAAACAACCAGAUAGCUUCCAGUACAGAGUGGAGCACCUGUUUACGUGUGAGUUGGACGGCCAGGAGGUGCGUAGCCUGGAUGACUGUGUGGCCAGGCUGCAGAGACUGCAGGCUAAGGGCCGGGUCUGGGGACAGGAGAUGAUCCUGGAGGUCCAGGGAGGAUACCUGCAGCUCAACGACAUCGAGACCAAGACAGAGCUGGAGUCUGUGCCUCUGGGAAGUGUAGUUCAGACUAAGGCUGUGUUGGACACCUGUGCCUACAACUCCCUGCUCACCGUUAUGGUCCAGGAACGCAACAGACGCAUCGCUCAAGUCUUCAUGUUUCAGUGUGAGGAGGUCAGGGCAGAGCACAUCAGAGAAGACCUGGACAAGGCUGUUCAACACAACGCCAACGCUCCUCCUCCUGAACCUCGCAGAGAACCAAGCAGACACCAGAGUAAUCCUCCUCCUCCCAUGAUGCUGCAGGAGAGGACCCCCCCUCCCCCUGACCGUCCCGCCCUGCUGUACAACGACAGGAACAGCAGGGAGAAUGAGAGCUUUCCUCUGCCUCCAGUCUUCAGCCCACCACAGCAGCCACUGUACGGUCAGGAGAUGUACGGAGGGUCACAGCAGUACGGAGCUAGAGACCAAGAGCCCCCCCACCCUCAAUACACUGACACACAGAGGAGUGUGGACAUUUUAAACCAUGUGCUGAAUGACUUGGAGUUGUUCAUUGAGAAAGUAUCAGCUGCCGUUCCUAAUGAAGACAAGAACAAGGACAAGAAGAAGAAGAAGAAAAUCUCAAAGCAAAACGCUGUCAACUUGCCACAUUGGGAGGAGUUUGUCGCCUGUCUUCAGAAAAUCAAGUAUGGAUUCAACCUACUGGGGAAACUGAAUGGAGAGAUCCAGAACCCUAGCGCUGCUGACUUUGUCCACAUUCUCUUCUCCACUCUGGGCAUGUUAAUGUCCCACUACCCCCCCGACCUGCCCCCCUCUGUCCUGACCCCCCUGCUGACAGAGCCAGCCCUCAUCCUGCUCAGCCUGGUGGUCACCCCAGAGGAGGACAAGCAAUGGAGGGCCCUGGGAGACGCCUGGAACAUCCCCAGGUCUAACUGGCCAGACAGUCACAUGCUACCGUCCUACAACCCAGAGUUCUAUGAUGGUUGGCUCCCACCCAAGCCUGUCCCACCGGCAGCCAAUCAGGGCCUGAGGAGUAGCAACAGCCAGCACAUCCCCCCCAGAGAGGAAAUGAUGCAACAGAUGCCUGAUGAGCCCAUGAUGAAUUCUCCACCACCUUCACGCCCCAGUGAGCUGGCCCCAGAUAGGAUGUGUGUGAUCUAUGACUUUAUGGCCAGGAACCCCCAGGAGCUGAGCAUUUUGAAGGGAGAGGUGGUCCAGGUUGUUGACAAGUCGGGGCAGUGGUGGAGGGUCCGUAAUGAACGUGGUGAGGAGGGUCAUGUUGCUAAGAACGUUCUAGAGCCUCUGGAUGGAGGGGAACCCUGGGGUGAGGGCCAGAAGAUGCGCUCCCCUCCACCCCUCAACAUGCAGUCCAGACCUGCAGACGUGAAAGCCUGGCUGGAGUACAAGGCCUUCUCCAAAAUAACGGUUCGUAGCCUGAGCGUGCUGAAUGGAGCCCUGCUUCUGGGGAUGACCAGAGAUGAUAUGAAGACGGUGUGUCCAGAGGAGGGAGGAAGAGUCUUCUUCCAGCUGCAGGCCAUCAAGUCCUCCAUAGCCCUUGCCAGUGAGUCCAAUGGAUACGGCCCUUACAACGGUCGUUAGACUGACCUGUCACGAAUAACAACCAAGAGCCUACCGGAGGAGAAGAAUAACUCAACUAUUUAACUUUCAUUUAAUCAUAUUUGUUUUGUCCAUUCUUAGACAGGUUGGUUGUUUAGCAACAAAACUGAUGCGUGCAUAACUAUGGGUCAAAACAGACGGGAUUGGUUUUGACUGUUGACAACAUGUCAACUAUAUUUUGUCUCCAAAUGUUUAUUGAAAACAUUAAUAAAUAUAUAUUUGAACUUCCUAGAUCA